GUAUGAUGUAUGGCUUUGGAGAUGACCAGAAUCCUUAUACUGAGUCAGUGGAUAUUCUUGAAGACCUUGUCAUAGAGUUCAUCACUGAGAUGACUCACAAGGCAAUGUCAAUUGGAAGACAAGGUAGAGUACAAGUUGAAGAUAUCGUCUUUUUGAUUCGAAAGGACCCAAGGAAGUUUGCCAGAGUUAAGGACUUGCUUACUAUGAAUGAAGAAUUGAAACGAGCUCGCAAAGCAUUUGACGAAGCAAACUAUGGAUCGUGACACCUUUUGUACUUUCUGAAACUUCAUUAUAUUCUAGAAAAAACAUAAUUGUAAAUUUUCUACAGUAAGUUCCUGAUGUUUUGCUGUGUCAGUGAAAGAGAAACACAAAGUUCUCAGCCUUAAUUUCUAUGCCUUUGAUUUUAGAGUGAUACUGCGCCUUUAAUUGCCUGCCUUCAUAUGACCAUACUUGAAUUACUUACUGGGUUUUAAUGACCACACGUACCAACCAUGCAGUUCCUUCAGACUUUUCACUAUCUAAAUAAUGAAAUACUGUGACAACUAUGUUUGUGCCAUUGUAAGCUAUAUAUAUUGUAGCUUUUUGCUAUGUGAAAUCUAAAUGGCAUUUUUGACUCUGAAAGCUGAGACGUGUUUCAUGUAUUCUGCAGUUUGUAGACAACGUAGUUGAGAGAUUAUUUAAGAUAGUAAACUGAUUUGUGUGUGUGUUUUUUUAAGGAGAUUAUAUAGGAAAGUACAGUUUUUAUAAGAAUGUUUAUCUGUCUUAAAAGAUAAUUUGUUUUAAUAUUAUUUUCUUUAGAUAACAAGAGUGAUUUUUUUUUUUUUUAAGAAACUAAAUUUUUAUGUGAAUGCUGCCAUGUUGGAAGGCUUGAUUUAAACCUUUUUGGGCUAUUCUGGGUACAGUGGCUUAUACCUGUAAUCCCAGCACUUUGGGUGGCAGAGGUGAGAGGAUUACCUGA